CCCGAUGGUGCCUUGCUCUCAGCUUCGGCUGAUGGUACCGCUCGCUUAUGGAAUGUCAAGCCUGGAAUCUUUUCUUUGCCAUCUUCGUCCGGCCCCUUGACACCCCUCUCUUCUACUUCAUUCAUCGGCGUGGCUGCAAACUCCGAAGACAACUUAACUCCUGAAAAUUCCACUAUCACCACAAAGACAGGCAUAACCUCCGUUCCUGUCAAAGCCCAAACGCGCUCCUCUGGUUUGCCCCGGCCCAGUUUAAACUCCGUUCAGGUCUUUCCACUUACAACAAACCUGAUGGCUGCCUCUGUUCUUUAUGGGGCUAGCGAAUCGUCGGCCAAUGCCCCAGUACCAUCAGCCAUUACACAUUUGAUCGUCGAGCCCAGGUUGUUCGCCGUCGGCUUUACCUCGGGUGAUGUGUGCCUCGUCGCCCUGGACACGGGACAGCUUGUCAUUCGCUAUGAGAUCGAGAAGGUGCAAGCGGGCUCCAGUGACUUGAACAAAGACACUAUUGCAGCCUCUAAUACCUCGUCUUCACCUGUGCGGCAUAUGCACCCUGGCGUCAAUUGCUUAGUCUCUCAUCCAACUCUGCCUUUGUUGGUCAGUGCUCACAGUGACCGGCAGAUCCGUUUCUUCGAUGUGAGCCUUGCCGUACCUCGAGUCGUUCAUGCUGCCUCUGAAUGUUCGUCUUCGAUCUGGCCUCCUCUCAUCCAAUCUCCAGCCCGACAUACAAUGGUUGCCCAUCUGGACGCGGUUACAGGAUUGGCCAUCCAUCCUCAAGGAAUUCUUCUGCUCUCCGCCAGUAAGGGGAAUAAAUCUUAUGUUUGUGCCAAUGUAUAUUCUUAG